CCCAGCAGCCCGUGCCAGGUCUCCAGAGGUCAGAGCACGGCUCUUUCAGAGUGUGCAUCCCCCCUCCUCCCUCCCCUGUCCCCUCUCGGUGUGUAUUUUGUCUCCUCCUCCCGUGCGUGCCCGUCUUUGCCUCCCCGCUGCUCUCCCUCCGCUGCCGGCCCCGCUCGCCGCCCGGGCUCUCGGGGCCGCCGCUUGCUGGGCUCGUCCUUGCUCCCCGCCGCGUUUUGCCGAGUCAAGGGGAUCUCUCCGGAGCCGGGCGAGCUGCCGGCGGCGGUGAUGUGAUCGCAUAGCAACACAGCAGCCGGGGCGGUGGAGGAGGAGAGGCAGCGGUGCUGAGGCUCAGCAUGCAUCCCUGUCACAGGGAUCCUCUGCUGAUUCACACAGCCCCGCUGCCCCCGCGCCUCGGACCCGGCCGGCUCGGAAGGUGCUCCAUGCCCGUGAGCAGCAGCUCUGAUGCAGCCCCUGGUGAUGCAGGAAUGGCUCCAUGUCCUCCCUCCCUGUGCUGAGUGGCGCCCGCCGGCCCCGGCUGCCCGCCCGCUCUCCCAGGUUGAAGCCUCACAGGAUGGUGCAGGACCUUCGAGUGUAACCCCCCGGGCUCCAAGCAGUGCUGCCGGGCCCCAGGCCCCUCUGGAGAUGAAUCUUUGCUGGAACGAGAUCAAAAAAAAAUCCCACAGCCUUCGGGCUCGGCUGGAGGCCUUCUCUGACCACAGUGGGAAGCUGCAGGUGCCUCUGCAGGAGAUCAUUGACUGGCUGGGGCAGAAGGAUGAGGAGCUGUCGGCCCAGCUGCCCCUGCGGGGCGAUGUGCUGCUGGUGCAGCAGGAGAAGGAGACACACGCGGCUUUCAUGGAAGAAGUGAAGUCUCGGGGGCCAUACAUUUACUCUGUCCUGGAGUCAGCACAGGCUUUCCUUUCUCAGCACCCAUUUGAGGAAUUAGAAGAACCAAGUUUGGAAAGCAAAGAUGUGUCUCCACGGCACCGGAUCCAGAACAUCAGCCGCUUUGUGUGGAAGCAGGCCAACGUGGCCAGCGAGCUGUGGGAGAAGCUCACGGCCCGCUGCGUGGACCAGCACCGCCACAUCGAGCGCACCCUGGAGCAGCUGCUGGAGAUUAAAGGGGCCAUGGAGGAGCUCAGCACCACCCUGGACCAGGCUGAGAGCGUGCGGGACACCUGGGAGCCCAUCGGGGACCUCUUCAUCGACUCCUUGCCGGAGCACAUCCAGUCCACCAAGCUGUUCAAAGAGGAGCUCUCCCCCAUGAAGGACGGGGUGAAAGUGGUCAAUGAUCUUGCACACCAGCUCGCCAUCUCAGAUGUCCACCUGUGCAUGGAGAACUCCCGGACCCUGGAGCAGAUCAACACCCGCUGGAAGCAGCUGCAGGCCUCCAUAAACGAACGCCUGAAGCAGCUCCAAGACGCGCACCGGGACUUCGGACCAGGCUCCCAGCACUUCCUCUCCUCCUCUGUCCAGGUCCCCUGGGAGCGAGCCAUUUCCCCCAACAAAGUGCCAUACUACAUCAACCACCAGGCCCAGACGACGUGCUGGGACCACCCAAAGAUGACAGAGUUGUACCAGACGCUGGCGGAUCUGAACAACAUCAAGUUCUCGGCGUACCGGACAGCCAUGAAGCUGCGGCGGGUGCAAAAAGCCCUUCGAUUGGACAUGGUCACCUUGGGCACGGCUUUGGAAAUCUUCAACGAGCACGACCUGCAGCCCGGGGACCGGGCGAUGGACGUGGUGGAGGUGAUCCACUGCCUGACCGCCCUGUACGAGCGGCUGGAGGAGGAGCGCGGCAUCCUGGUCAACGUGCCCCUCUGCGUGGACAUGAGCCUCAACUGGCUGCUGAACGUCUUCGACAGUGGCCGCAGUGGGAAGAUGAGGGCUCUCUCCUUCAAGACGGGCAUCGCGUGUCUGUGCGGGACAGAGGUCAAGGAGAAGUUCCAGUAUCUCUUCAGCCAGGUGGCCAACGCCGGGGGCCUGUGUGACCAGCGGCACCUGGGCGUCCUGCUCCACGAGGCCAUCCAGGUGCCUCGCCAGCUGGGGGAGGUGGCAGCGUUCGGGGGCAGCAACGUGGAGCCCAGCAUCCGCAGCUGCUUCCGCUUUAGUAACGGGAAGUCUGCCAUCGAGGCGUCCCAGUUCCUGGAGUGGGCCAACCUGGAGCCGCAGUCCAUGGUGUGGCUGGCCGUGCUGCACCGGGUGACCAUGGCCGAGCAGGUGAAGCACCAGACCAAGUGCUCCGUGUGCCGGCAGUGCCCCAUCAAGGGCUUCAGGUAUCGCAGCCUGAAGCAGUUCAAUGUGGAUAUCUGCCAGACCUGCUUCCUCACGGGGAGAGCCAGCAAGGGCAACAAGCUGCACUACCCCAUCAUGGAGUACUACACGCCGACCACAUCCAGCGAGAACAUGAGAGACUUUGCCACGACACUGAAGAACAAGUUCCGCUCCAAGCAGUACUUCAGCAAGCACCCACAGAGAGGUUACCUGCCCGUCCAGUCUGUGCUCGAGGCUGACUUCUCUGAGACCCCAGCCUCGUCCCCGAUGUUGCCACACGCUGACACACACUCCAGGAUCGAGCACUUUGCCAGCAGGCUUGCAGAGAUGGAAAGCCAGAACUGUUCCUUCUUCAGUGAUAGCCUGUCCCCCGAUGACAGCCUGGAUGAGGACCAGUACCUGCUGCGCCAUUCCAGCCCCAUCACGGACAGAGAGCCUGGGGGCAGCCAGCAGCUUCCAGGAGGCCUCAACAUGGACGACAAGGGAGAGCUGGAGAGAGUCCUGGCCCACUUGGAGGAUGAAAACAGGAUCCUCCAGGGAGAGCUGAGACGUUUGAAAUGGCAGCAUGACGAGGCAGUGGAGUCUCCAAGCUUGGCCACAGGCUCUCCUGAGUCAGUGCAGGACCCACGUAACGAGGAGCUGCUGGCAGAAGCACGGAUCCUCCGGCAGCACAAGAGCCGCCUGGAGACACGGAUGCAGAUCCUGGAGGACCACAACAAGCAGCUGGAGUCACAGCUGCACAGGCUGAGGGAGCUGCUGCUGCAGCCUCCAGCAGAGUCAGAAGGCAAUGGUUCAGCAGCCUCCUCCUUGGCUUCAUCUCCACAUCAGUCAGAAGGCAGCCAGGCAAAGGAGAAAGAGCACAACACCCCUGACACUGAAACUGCAGAUGAGGUGGAAGCCAAAACGCAGGAAGUCAGCAUGUGCCUGGAAGACAUCAUGGAGAAGCUGCGGAGCGCCUUCCCCAGCUCCCGAGGUAUGACCUCCCUUAUCUAACACCUCCUGUGAGCCAGAGGCUUUUCCUAACCAGCUACCUGGCUGCUUUCCUCCCCUCUGUCCCUGCCAUGCUCCCUGUGCUGCAGCAGACCUCACACAGACUCCCUCAGAGCUGGUGGUGCAGGAUGCUUGCCAGCUCCAGAAGAUCUCAGGGGAACAUAGGUCAUGCAGGGGUGGGACUGUGGGCUCCCCAGGAGGCUGGUUUGGUCACUGGCCACAGUGUCCAAGCCUGGGUGGGGUGGUUGAAAAGAAAGAACUGAAGCCAUGAAAACUGCCAGUGUCCCCUGGCACCCAGGGGCUGCUGCCUUUGCCUGUAGCCCUCGGGGGAUGCAGAGCUCAGCAUCCCACUCUUCAUCUGUGCCCGCGAGCCUCCAGGUCUAUGGGCACCAAAACACUCCUGGAGCCACACAAUUUUUAAAAUAACUCUUUAUAACAGCGACCAGCUGCCAGCCUUAUGUUUGAACUCUGCCACCCCAGGCUCUGCAGCCAGCCAGGCACACACCACCAGGAGAGAGUGUGUGAGGUUUAUGGAGUAGGGAUUGAGUCCAUGUUAGAGCUUCAGCCCAGCUAGUAGCCUUAUAUUGAGAGGGUCUUUAUAACAGAGCCUUAUUGUUUAAUUUGCAUAUAUUUCUAUAUAUUAUAUAUAUAUAUAUAUACUGUACUUAAAUGCUCUCAUGGACUCACUCUAUUAAACUCUAAUACCUUAAGUGUAGCUGCCCUUCACUCCCAGCCCAGCCCAGGGGAAGCAGCUCCUUCCCUGCUGCUGGUGCUGCCUUGCAGGGCUGCUGUGAGGGAGCUCACUGAGGCUGUGCCCACAGCAGCUCCUUCACCCUGCCUGCUGUCCUGGCGAUCUGUGCCGUGGCAGAGCCUGCACAGAGCCAGCUCCGUGCCUGGGGAGCCCCAGCUCCUGCAGGGAGGGUUUCCCCAGCCCUGAGCCCACCCUGGUGUGGUGCAAGUGCCUGGCAGUGCGGGUGGCAGCAGGACAGGCAGGGCAGCUCCUGCUGUCCCCAGGAGCUGGGGCUGGGGCAGAGCAGGGGGGCUGCCAGGGCAGCCUGGGCUGGCUCCUGUACCCAGGGUCCCGCGGGCUGGCUGUCUUGGGCUGAGUUAUGUCGAGAGAGGCAGAGUCAGGUGCUGCAGGGUGGCCCAGAGCCGGGGCUGCCAUGGCCCUGCUGCUCUUGGGCCAGAGGGUGUGGGGAGAGGAGAGGCUGGAGCCCUCGGGCAGGGCAGGGCUGUGCAGCAGGGUGAGACACCCCAGUUAGUGGGGUGAGACACCCCAGUUAGAGGGGUGAGACACCCCAGUUAGUGGGGUGAGACACCCCAGUUAGCGGGGUGAGAUCCCAGUCAGUGGGGUGAGAUCCCAGUUAGCGGGGUGAGACACCCCAGUUAGCGGGGUGAGACACCCCAGUUAGCGGGGUGAGAUCCCAGUUAGUGGGGUGAGAUCCCAGUUAGCGGGGUGAGACACCCCAGUUAGCGGGGUGAGACACCCCAGUCAGCGGGGUGAGAUCCCAGUUAGUGGGGUGAGAUCCCAGUCAGCGGGGCUGGCAGGGACAGGGCCGGGCUGCUGCUGCUGCCUGGGGUGGGACACGGGCUGAGCUGCCCGGGACCUUGUGAGCAGGGCUCUGGGCUGGCUCUGGGCUGCUGGCAGAGGUGAGGAGCAGUGCCCACGCCAGGGACAGGCGGUGUGAGCCUUACAGCCAGGGCUGUUCAGCGUGUAGUGCUCCAGUGUGGGUGGCUGUCCUUGCUGUCCCCUGUGCCAGCCAGGUGAGUGGCAGGAGGGCAGUGUGGUGGCAUUAGGGUGGCUUUGGGCAUGCUGUGUCAGGCUGUGGUGAGAGGGAGCCCGGGCCAGCCUGUGAGACCCAGCUGGAGCCCUCUGCUCUCCCAGGGGCAGGGUGGGAGCAGCGUGGGGAGCAGCAGGGUGAGGCUUGGCCUGAGGGUGUGAUCAGGAGUAUCCAGCCCUGGGGGGCACUGGAGGAAGGAAAAGGGCAGGAUUCUCUGGGAGCAGGGCUGCUGGCCCCAGUGGCAGGUGUGGGGAGCAGAGGUGGCCAGGCUGGGUGCUUGGGCUGUGUUUGGGAGCCAGGAUGUGUCAGGGAGGGGAGCAGGCUGGCUAAUGCUCUGGUAACCAUGUACUCUGGUGCUGCUGUCCUCACUGCUUUGUGGCAUCUCUGCUCUGGAAAGAGAAUAAAUUUGUAUUUAUACUGA